ACGCAGUAUGUAAGUAAUAUGUUUACGAUUUGUGUGACAGAUUCGAUUCGUAUUAGCUAGUUGAAAUGAUUAGUUAGAAAAGAAACGAGGUGGUACCAGACUUCUAGAAAUACAUCAGAUAUGAGCUGUACCACAGAUGGUGCCACAUUUAAAUUUAAGAAGAGAAUAUUAACAGCAUGUUUGAUUAUAGUUUUGUCUGAUAAUGUUAUCGGUAAAGUUUGUAAAACUGGUCAAAAACUGAGAGUAAACAAACAAGGCGAACAAAUAUGCUGUAAUACAGUUAAAUGUGGAAAAAGCCAGCAGUUUUAUUACUGUCAGUAUGAUGGGGAAAAAGACACAUGCAGAAAUUGUACGAAUAAUAGCUACACAGAUGACCUAAUUGAUACCAGCCAAUGGCCUAUUCAUGACAAUGGAAAAUAUCAAGCGGAAACGCAAAUAUGUUCUCCUCUUCCAAGCUGUAAAGCAGAGGAAGUAGUUCUUGUUGGCCGUAAGUGUCAGUGCAAUUUGAAUGAAGGAUAUUGGGGCACAGAUGAACACAACUGCCAGUUAGAUAAACUAAACUGUAAAAGAGCUGGAGUUCAGUUAACAUAUGAAGGUCAGUGUGUUCCAUGUUCUGGUGAUACAUUCAAACAAAAAGAUGGUGAAUACGGACAAUGUGUAAAUAAAACAAGAUGUAAAAGUCAUGAAAUAGAAAAUAGCGGUGGUUCCUCUACAACUGACAGAACAUGUAAAAAACUCCCCACAGAAAAACCUCCAAUCACGACAGCACCUCCAGACACAAGAACUACAAACAGACCAGUAAAGGAAGGUGAUAAUUCAAUAUCGGACUGGAUAGUAGCAGUUAUUGUACUUAUAGUCAUAGGUUUAAUGAUAGGGGUAUUUGUGAUAUUGUACAGGAAAAAUAAAAGAUUUGCAGAUUGCUGUCGCAGAUUUGUAGAUAUUGUUCAAAGUGGCUUUCAGAGGUUAGGAUGUAGACAAGCUGCAUCUAAGAUACCUGAAGAACAUGAAAUGGUUGGACCAGGAGAAAAUGAAUCUGAAGAAUCACCAUCUGCAGAAACUAAGUUAUUAAUAAAAGAUGAAACUAAUUCAAAUAGUAAUAUGAAUGGUCUCCCUUUUUCAAAUGGUGCAGUUGGCAGUGAUAGGGAUCAUCAAAAUAAACAUAGAGACAGUGAAUUAGACCCUACUGAAACAAAUUUGAAAAGUGUUACACAAGAUGAGGAAGAACAUUUAAGUAGUUCUGAAGAAGAGACUGUCCCAAAGUCAGUUAUUAACAAGAAGGAUAAAACUGUAAGCAAUAUACCAACUACAGACAAGGAGGCAAAAUCUCAUCCACAGGAACAGAGUCAAGAUUCAAUUGGUUGUACAUCAUUACCUAGCAGUUUGUAUGGGGAUAGAAGUGGAUCAGGAGGUGAUAUGGACACCAAUACUACUCCGUUAUUCUCUGGGAGUGGAUAUGAAGCUGAUCACAGUUCAGCAAGUGGUCAGGAUGUCCCUUCUCAAUCAAAUCCUAAUGAUACAACUAUAUCUUCAACGUCAACAGGAAUCCCUUCUGAAUUGAAUCCUGCCCUGCAGUCAUUUAAAUCUACAUAUGUGAAUGAUACUUCAGCAUCAACAGGAAAUAUACCGAAUGCAAGUCUUAUAGACAAUUUAGAUACUAUUCCAGAGAUUCAUAAUAAUGAUGGAGGUGACAAUAAGAAGAAACCUGAAUUUGUCCGGGCAGAAAAUCCUCCUGUAGUUCCAGUUGCACCGACACCACGGAGUCCUGCAACUGACCAAGUAAAUCCUAAUUUAGGACGAGCUGACAACAGACAGGAUCAAGAUUUUAGACCAUCCAACACAACAGCAGGAGGCAUUGAUGUUGAACCGGCAACAAAUGACGAAAAUUUUAAAGUAGCUCCGUCUUCUAGCAAUCGUCAAGAACAGGAACCAUUGACAGUUAAAUUUCCAGAUAAACAACAGACUGAAAGUCUGCCUGCAGUUGGAAAUCAAGGAAGUAAUGAGCCAUCUGUAACAUCUGGAUCAGCUUCAUCUGAGAGUGGCAUCCAGCCUCCACACAGAUCUUCAUCUGAGAAUCACCCAAGGCCUCUCUGCAGUUCUGGAACAACAGAGUCUGGUCAACCCCUUGGUGCACCAGAAUCAGAUAAUAGCCAAGGAAGUAGCACUGCACAAAACAGCAUGGAAGAUGAUCCACAGGAAAAUAUUGAAGUUAGUUCAAGGACAAGACCUUUUGAUUAGUCAUCCAUAAAGGGAUUCUGGAGAUAUACUUCAUUCAUAAUUAUCAUUUAAAUAUUUUUUCUUUUUUUUUUUAUUUAUUUAGCUGAUAGUGCUUUGUACAACUUUAACAUUUAAUGCUUCAAGACAAUUUUGAUUCAGUGCUAUAUUUUGAAUAGUGCUUGUUUUUCCUAUUUUGAGUAUUCACAUCAGGAAUGGAUUCAAGCGUGUGGCACACCUUGUGUACAUCCCUAAAAUCUAAAAAAAUAUAAAAAAAAAUUGCAUAAAAUACGUUAACAAAAAUUUGACUAGCUCCGCUUAGCAGAAUUUUAAGGAUCAUGAUCCAGCUAAAAGUCCUGGAUUUGCUGUACAUGAUCUUAGUAUAAACUUAAUCAGUAAUUUUAUUGUUUAAUAUUAACAUAUCAAAAAUUUCAAACAUUCCAGAUUAAAGAAUUCAUAAAUUUAUUAACCAUAUUAACUGUUUGCAUUUGUAACUAUUUAUUCAUUAACAUUGUCUUGUUUCAUGUUUGAAAUGUACCCGGUACACAAAUAAUCUGUCUUGGUUUGGAGUAAGUGUAAAAUUGACACUUUCAGCACUAUUGAUCAUAUUGUGGCAGUCUGAUGGAGGAAGUGGGAGUGCUCGGAGAGAACCUUAUUUGAAAAUCAGUCUGCUUGUGGAAAGUUAAAAAGAAAAAAAAUUGAUAUGAGCAUACAUUAACAUUAGGAUAUAGAACAACAUGUCUUAAGCUAUGAUAAGAUAUACCUAAAUAUUUUUAAAAAUUGAGAAUCUAUGUUACUAAAGUGGAAAUUGAACUUAAUUUUCAUUUUCAUUGAACUUUAAUUUUCAUUUUCAUAUAUAUGCAAAUGUCAACAAUGAGAAUGAGAAAGGUUGAGAUGUGAAUAUAAAUAAAAGUAGGGGUGAGGAAACAAAUGAGGUCAGUACUGGAAUUGUAAAGUUUUCAAAAAUUUUACACAUUUAUGCACACAUAUGUUAUGAAUUUUGAAUUCUAUUAAAUGUGCCAUUUAAAUUAAUAGUGCCAUUUGUGUAAAGAUACACUGUGGAUUCAUUUAUCUCCAUGGGUAGCAAUGUUUUUAUACGCCCGUUUACGGGACGUAUUAUGGUAUACCUCUGUCCGUCCGUCCGUCCGUCUGUCCGUCCGUCUGUCCGUCGUCAACAUGUCGGACAUUAACUCAAAAAUGCUUUUACCAAUUUGCAUAAAACUUUGGUGAAUUGUUUAUAUCUAUUGACGUGAGCUCCCUUUCGUUUUUUAUAAAAUUUAGAUUUUACGUUUCCGAGUUAUGGGGUUUUAUUCAUUAAAAAAAGGGGGAUUUUCCAGUUUUCGGACAAUAAGUCAAGAAUGCUUUCACCAACUUGCAAGAAAUUGUGGUGAAUUGUUUAUAUCUAUUGACAUGAGCUCCCUUUCCAUUUUUAUAAAUUUUAAAUUUAACGUUUCUGAGUUACAAGGUUUAUUCAUAAAAAAAGGGGGGAUUUUCCAGUUUUCGGACAAAAACUCCAAAAUUCUUUCAGCAAUUCGUAUGAAACUUUGGUGAAUUGUUUGUAUGUAUUGAUGUAAGCUCCCUUUAGAAUUUUAUAAAUUUUACAUUUUACAUUUCUGAGUUAUUGGGUUUUAUUCAUUAAAAAAAAGGGGUGAUUUUCCAGUUUUCGGACAAUAACUCAAAAAUGCUGUCACCAAUUCUCAUGAAACUUUGGUGAAUUGUUUAUAUCUAUUGAUGUAAGCUCCCUUUUUAUUUCCAUAAAUUUCUAAUAUGACAUUGAGAAUUAAUUGAACUUUAUUUGUUUAUAGUCUGACAACAGAUUUACUAAGUAUUGGGGACUAUUGCACAACAGCAAGAAAUCUUUAAUUGAAUAUAAAUUCAAUUCAUAUAUAAACCAAUUUCAAGUUCUUUGACUACAUUUAUUCAGAAACCUAUAAUAUGUCAAAUAUUUAAUUACAAUCCAAAUUCAGACCUGAAUCAAGCUUGAAUAUUGUGUCCAUUUUUGCCCCAACUGUUCAGGGUUGGACCUCUGCGGGCGUAUCUAGCUGCGCUCAGCGAAGCAGUUUAUUGGAUUGAGGAGAACUUGCCUUUUCCUGGAUAUUUGAUUACAUGGUUUUGUCAUAGUCUGAAUAGAAGACUAUAGAAAAUGUGUACAUUUUGGUGGUUGAUCUAUACCCACAAAAUCCAUGAAAAUUGAAAUCCCAGGAAUUAUAAUGAACCCACAGUUGUUUAACUUACUACAUAUAUACAAUGUACUAACAUCCAUUUAAAAUCUAUGCAUUAUUUUAGCAUUCUUUUUUUCUAAUUUCAGUACUUUUGUCAUUGUUAAUUUAUUAUAUUUGUUACAGAUAUGAUUGUGAGAAUUUUGUAUAGUUAAGAAUUUCAUUUCUGUGAUAUAUUUUAACCCAGCUUAAGGUUGUCUUUUUCUUAUACAAAUGUAUAUAUAUGCAUAUGCUUUAUUCUGAUAAAACCCAUGCUGAUACAAAGGUAUACAGAAAAAUACAACAAUAUAAAAAAAUUAUACAAUUGUACAGUUGUGAGGUAAUGACAAUUUAUGGUAAACAAUUACAGCAAAACAUGAAUUAUAGUAGUGUAAAGAUUGUGGAAUAUGUAGUUGUUGUUUUGCUGACUCAAUGCUUUGAGAGAUAAUCCAUUUUUCUAUUAAUUAUUGUUAUGAAUUUUAAAAGUUUCUUUGGUUCUGACAUUUUUGACAAAUUCAUCAGAUAUUACAGUUUAUAAUGUAUUUCUUGUCAAUGUGGUAUUUCUUCCUUUCUUCUGUUAAGACUGGGCAAGUUGUUAGUGUUGUUAGCAUAUAUAUAUGUAAAAUGCUUUUAAGAUUUGAAUGAUGUAAAAUAAGCAUCAUCUUGACAUCGCAAGAGACACUUCAGUGUCCAGAUUAUAUCAUCCUAUUCAUUUUAUCAAUAAAAUUAGCAUAAUUUUGAUAAGUUUGAAGAAUUUUACUAAUUUUGCAAUUUUAGCAGCAAAAUAAUGGCUAUCAUGUUUCAUCUUACUUUAUUUUUUGAAAUGUUUAAAUGUUUGGAAUCAAGAAUUUGUGUUAAGUUGUGCAAUUUGGCAAAAGUUGCAAUAGUUACUGAGUGGACAGGAAAGGGAUGUAACUCAUUAAUCAGAUUAUUAGUUGAAUAUUAAAAAGUUGUAAACAAAUUCCUGUCUAUGUACAUCAGUAUAUAAAUAUUCUACGCCUAAACACAGUUCCAUAUGUAGUUUCAUUCAUCUGCAGUCAAGAUUAUGUAAAUUUGUAAAACUGAAUGAAAACAUAAAAUCUCACAUAGUAUAGUGUAUGGGUUUUUUUUUUAGUUACUAGUAUAAAUUUUAGAACAGUAUUUUUAUUUUUGUUUUAAAUUUUUAUGUUACAUUUUGGCUUGGAGUAAUUGUAAUUGUAAGCAUUAAUCAUCUGUAAUUGAUUACAUUUUUUCAAGUAAUCAUUGUAAUCAUUAAUCAGCCAAAAAUCUGAUUACAUGUAAUUUAAUUUAAUCAAUUACUUUUCAAAAUACCUUGUAAUCCUGAUUACCAUCUGAUUAAAUUCUGAUUACAGUAAAAAAUCUCAAAUUGUAUUUAUGGUCAAUACAUCAUGUCUAAAAUAAAAUUUUAUUAUUCAUAUUUGAUAAAUAUAUAACUUGUUUAAAUAAAUUUGUUUACUUUAAGCAUGAUAAGAUAUUAUGAAAUAUGGAUAUACAUGUAAUUUGAUAAUAACAAAAUGUUCUUUUAUUGUUUUUUUCAAUCUUUAUUCAUUAACAUCAUUUAAAUGGGUUAUUUUGAAAUUCAUUGUAAUCAGAUGUAAUCAUGAUUACUUGCCAAUGUAAUCAUUAAUUUCAUCAGUUUCUAUGAGAAAGGGUGUAAUCAUUAAUUUAAUUUAAUUGUACAAUUGACAAAGUAAUUGAAAUUUAAUCAAUUACAUUGAAAGUAAUCAGACCCAUCUCUGGUUACAUUUGAUAAAUGUUUUAUUUUCAUCAUUAAAAUGUCCAAAUAAUUAUUUAGCAUGAUUUGGUAGGAUAUUAAAUAAAGGGGAAUCCAUUGUUUUAUUUAUACAUGAGUGUAUAUGAUAUCAAUUAAAAGGAGAUCUUGCAUAUAGGUAAUGAAACAUCAUGUCAAUAACAUGAAUAUUUUACCUGUUAUACAAGUUAUUUUGGAAGAUCGUAUUUAGUGUGUGGACAUUGAAUGUCAAAACUUUUCAUAGUUUUUGAAUGGAAUUUUAGUCUCAUUAAUGUGGUUUAUGAUUCAACCGACUUUAUUUAUGAAAAAGUGUAUGCAUGGAGUUUUAGUCAUAAUAAUUGAUGUUAUUAAGAGUUUAUGAUUUUAUAAAUUAUAUUUAUUAAAGUUUUCAGCUGAGGUAAUUAUUAAUGAGACCGUUUGUGUAAAAACAUAAUAAUAAGAGAUGUGAUACUGAUUAUAUUAUAGUUAAUAAGGAACUGUUCAAAAUCAACAGAAAGAAUGCCUGUUACAGUAAACUAGAUCACUGUUUAAUCAUUAGUUGUUUGUUAUGUUAGGACAGGUAAUUAGGGUACCAGUCUAUUCUUCUCAAUGUUGAUCAAGAAUUGAUAUAUAAUGUAAAACAUUUCUAUUUCAUAGACACCCUUUGAAAGAGGAAUUUUGAUAGUAAAUUAUAAAAUUAUUAAAUAUCUGCAAUUUACUAUAAAAGUCAUCAAGGCUUUAUCCAUAACUUUCUGUGCUGCUUCAAACAGAAUCAUCUGAGGUGGUAAAACUGAAAUGUUUUGCAUUAUAAAUCAAUUCUUGAACUGUAAUAGAGUCAUAAUGAUAUGACCAUUAAGGCCAUAACAUAAUUAGUGUUUAAGUCUGCCUGACCAACCCUUACUCUUAGUGCAUAUGCUAAAAAUUUGUUCAUUUAUCAUUUAAAAAUAUGUAAGCAUAGAAUAUUGAAAAUAUGUUAAAAGAAUCAAUUUGUAUCCAUUCCUAUCAAUACUUUUUAUGCCCCCGCCGUAGCUGUGGGGGCAUUAAGUUUUACCCUUGUCCAUCUAGGUACGUACGUCCUAAAAUUGGUUUCUGUUCUCUAACUUGAGUUUGCCUCAACCAAAUGUUAUGAAACUUAUAUACAAUGCUUAUUACCACAAAAAACAGAUCAAGUUUAAGUGUUAUCUUCCUUUGUCCAUGAUUAUAGUUGAAUCAACUACAAUCAAUUCUUUAUACAAUGCAAUGUUUAAUUUUGACUUCCACUGAUAAAACACAGAUCAAGUUGAAUUUGGGUAGUGUCACUUUAACCAUUAUUGAGUUAUGCCCCUUUAUAAAUCGAAAGAUUGCAAAAUUUUUAGUUUCCAUUCUGUAACUUAAGUUUGCCCCAAGUACAAAUUUUUUGUUUCCGUUUUCUAACUUUAGUUUGCCUCAACCAAAUGUUAUGAAACUUAUACACAAUGCUUAUUACUACAUAAUACAAAUUAAGUACGAAAUUUGGUGAGAACACUUUUACCAUUCUUGAGUUAUGUCCCUUUAUAAACAUAAAAAUUGCUGAAUUUUUCGUUUCCGUUCUCUAACUUUAGUUUGUCUCAACCAAAUGUUAUAAAACUUAUACACAACCGUUCUAGAGUUAUGCGUGUUUACAAAUAGAAAAAUUGCUGAAUUUUUAGUUUCUGUUCUCUACUUAAGUUAGCCUCAACCAAAUGUUAUGAGACUUACACACAAUGCGUAUUACCACAAAACUCAGAUCAAGUUCAAAUUUGGGUAGCGUCACUUUUACUGUUCUUCAGUUAUGUCCCUUUAUAACUAUAUGCUAUGCAAGUGGGGGCAUCAUCUGUGUCCACAUGUGGACACUAUCCACAAUUAUUACUUUUAAGUUUAUCGGAAAUGUAUAUGUAUUUAUGAGCCUUGUUAAUUACCUCUGAUAUUUUGAUUUGAGGACCCUUAAGGUUGAUUGUCAAAGAUUUUUUUUUAUUUUAGAUUUGUAAAAGUUUUCUAUUCCCAGUUUCUAUUCCUAAUAUUAUAUUUGUUUUAUCUUCUGUUUUAUAAAAAUAAACUUGUGUCUGAAUUA